AUGGCCUCCGCCGCCGCCAACUCUCGCCGCCGGCCCGCCCAUGCCAACAUGACUCCCUCAUUAAUCGAUUCCUUCCAGAACAUGUCUCUCCGCAAGGGCGACACCUUUCAUCCUACCAACAACACCGUCGACAACGACUUCUGGGACCCGCUUGAGUCGAGAGCCCAGUCACCGCCCGCUCGCUCCACAACAUGCCCCAAGUCGCUUGAGGAUCUGCUUCUGGGCGCUGGCGAUCGUCGCACCGCAGAGCUUCUCGCAAGGGUGGAUAAAGCUGUCGAGACCCAGUCGAAGCUGGCCUUGAGCCACAUCCUGACUGAGCCAGAGGUUCUUCCUGUACCCACAUUCACGGUACACGACACCUCCAUUGAAGAGCGACCAAUCAGCAAGGCCCGCUCUCACAGUCACGGCUCGGACAGUGGUCUCGGUACGAGCAUCUCCGGUUCUGACAUCUCCGAUGCAGGCAUGACCGCCUCUGCGUCUCCGGUCAAAGAAUCCAUGACGGGCAUCUCAGCCGCCACUGAGCAGCGCGGUCUGAGCAAGUACGCGUGCGAGCAAAUCCACAAGCACAUCGUGAACCCCAUUCUCCGAGAAGAGAAGCUCAAAGAAUUCCACGGCUUGAUCAAGGAGGUUCCCAGCCGUAUCGGGAACAAGGAGAUCAAGAACCUGCGUGACCUAGAAAAGACGUUGAUCUUUCUAGCACCGGACUACUCGCGCUCCCCAUACAAAUAUCUCGCCUUUUGCGAACGUACGAUCCGCGUCCUCCACACGACUGUCACGACCCUUCACGAGUCCGACCAGCGCGCUCCGGCAGACCGACCAUACACGCAGGGCUACUUUUUUGAUUUGGUGGAGCAGAUCCGCAGAUACGCUCAGAUCCUCGCUGUCACCCGCGAGAAGCAAGAGAGGGGCGAGAAGCUCAACGAGAUGGAUUACACCCCGGAUGAAAGUGUCUCACUCAUUGGUGGGGUGAGUCACAAUGGCAAGCCGGCUGAGCUUGUUCGUCACAAGGACGGCAAGACUAUAAGUAUCGCCACCGACCAUCACCUCUCGCCUGAGGAUGUUGCGUCUGCCUCAAUGAAGCGUCCGAUGGAAGACAUCGACGUCGACGAGGACGAUGUCCUCCGGUCCAUGGCGCGGCGGAAGAAGAACGCCAAACCGGAGAUUCACGAGUGCUCGCUGUGCGACAAGGAGUUCAAGCGCCCUUGCGACCUCACCAAGCAUCUCAAGACUCACGAGCGCCCGUGGAAGUGCCCAGACGACAAGUGCAAAUACCACGACCACGGCUGGCCGACUGAGAAGGAGCGUGACCGCCACGUCAACGACAAGCACUCCGCCGCUCCAUCGCUCUACCGCUGCCUGUUCCCUCCAUGCCCGUACACCUCCAAGCGUGAAAGCAACUGCAAGCAGCACAUGGAGAAGGCUCACGGCUGGGACUACGUUCGCUCAAAGAACAAUGGCAAAGGUCGCGCCAGCGUUGCACGGCUGCCUAAAGGUUCCGUCUCGCAAUCGCCGGCCUCAACAAUGUUCACACCCAACACACCCAUCCUUCCAUCGCCGUCGAUGGGCUCAUACGCCUCCGCAUCGGAGUCAUCACGCCACGGCUCCAUGCCACCACCAGCUGCCGGACCAAGCAACUUCGGUACACCGGCUUUCACCCACCCAUCACCAGACUUCAGCGGCCACUUCAACAUGAACUUCGACUUCAACAACAUGGGCGACGGCUUCGCUUCGUCGUCUGCCUGGCCCAUGACUCCAGCCAUGAGCGACGACCGCCGCCAAUCCUGCGACACGCUGUCUUCAUCCGGAGGCCUCCAGCUCGAUGGCUCCGCGUUCGAUGAUGGCAUCUCACCAGACGAUCUUGGCUACAACGGCUUCAAUUUCAACGACUUCACCUUCCCCACCCAGCCCCAACAACAGCAAAUCACACCAAACUCCAACAUCGCGCCCAGCAUCGGCAGCAACAACGGCAUGCAAGCAUCUCCUGGCGCCCAGCUCGACCAGACGUUCACUUACGAUGCGAUGGCCGUCGACAACGGCUUCGACACCGGUGACUUCACCCUCUAUGACGGCGGCGCUAGUUCGUCCGGCGGUGCUUCGAUGUUCCCAUCGCUUCAUGAAGGAGCAGGAAGCUGGGGCAACUUCACCGGUCAUUUUGACCACCAGCACGUGGCAUCGAUGCCGACCGGAAACAGCACACUCGACGAUCUCUUCCCAGAAUUGAAGGGACACUAG